CCGGGUAGUUUCAGUAUAUUUAACUCGCUGUUUGAUUGUUUAUUCCGCACUAACUGCUACCAAGGAGGCGGACAUGCAGCUUCUCCCAACAGAGAGUUAGAACUGAUGUAGCAACGACACGCUGGCUUGGCUUUAAACUCAUUAUAAUUACUGAAUUAGCUGAUAGCUGGCUAACAUCAGUUCAGCUAAGUCUGGUGGAGGCAAAGACAACUACUAUGAAAGAAGCUUUAAACAAAUGGGAAGAGAAGACCGGGGAGAAAACAAGUGAGGCUAAAGAAAUUAAACUGUAUGGUCAGAUUCCUCCUAUAGAGAAGAUGGAUGCUUCUCUCUCUACAUUGACCUGCUGCGAGAAGCUGUCUCUGUCCACUAACUGCAUUGAGAAAAUAACCAAUCUCAAUGGCCUCAAGAAUUUGAGGAUACUUUCAUUAAGCAGAAAUAAUAUAAAGACUCUUGGAGGUUUGGAGGCAGUCGGAGACACUUUAGUGGAGUUGUGGAUUUCCUAUAAUUUGAUAGACAAACUGAAAGGUGUCAACUCCAUGCAUAAACUCAAAGUCCUCUACAUGUCCAACAACCUCGUCAAAGAUUGGGCUGAGUUUGUGAGGCUCGCUGACCUACCCUGCUUGGUGGACCUGGUUUUUCUUGGAAAUCCACUGCAGGAGAAGCAUUCCACAGAGGGAAACUGGAUGGAUGAAGCCUCCAAAAAGCUUCCCAAUCUAAAGAAACUAGACGGGACUCCCAUCGUUAAGGAGCCAGUGGAGGAAUGAAAUGAAACAAGCAAAAAGAAGAUGACAUAAAAUACCGUCUUUCUUAAAAUCUUUGCGUUUUUUUAGGUGUUGUAUAUUUUAUGAUGGUGUUCUAAAUUAAUGUAAAACUUUAUUAAACAAAGUUGAUGGCUGUGGAUCGACAAG